GUCACUUGCGAACGAAAGAAGUGUGUCUGUCUGCUGCUUUUAGUUUAAUGGGUUUGUCUCUUUGAAAGAGAGAGGAGAUUUUGGUGAGAGGGGGGGUUCUAAAGGUAUUGCAGUGCUUGUGAUCAAGAAGCCACUAAUAAUAACAGUUAUGGGUGAUGAUAAUGUGAUCAACACUAAAGAUUACAUUUUGCUUAAAGAUUUUAGAAUGGAAAUUGAAUUACAAGGAGGAACUCUCUCUUUCUGUUUCUGGGUUUAUCUCAUUCACUCCAACACUGCAUUUCCCGCUUCAAUUAUUAAUCAGGUUUACUCAGAUAUCACCAGUAGUUCUCCUUUUCUUGCUCUAAAUGAAAAGAAGAUAAUGAUGCUCUUACCAUUGUCUCUCUUACAAAAGGAAGCUCCUGAUCCUUGUAAUUAUGCCUCAUUGACAGAAGCUCAACAUGUAGUCAUGGGGAAUGAGAUUCCAAUGGAAAUAUGGAUCCAUGUUGGAUGUGAGGUUUUAACUGAUGUCUUGCGGCUGCAUAUUAAUGGGGAAAUUGUAAGGGAGCUGCCUCUCUCUUCUUCAUUAAACAAAGAUUCCCUUUCAGAUGGCUCUAGGAAGAUAACAUUGGUUGGUGCUGCUGGAGAUCAUGGUUUGCAGGGUUAUGUCUACAAUGCCGAAGUGUUGCCUUUGCAUUUUUCUAUCAGUGAUCAUUAUAUUAAGAUUCAAUGCCAGGAUAUACCAUUACAAUUAUCUAUUGAUCACUCAUCUACCUCUGAGAUUGAAGAAGGCAAUGAUGGCAUUUGGAAUAUUGUUGGUGGCAAGGCAUCUUGUCGCAGGAUUUUUUCUUUAGAUGUUGUUUUAUCAAAUGCAAUCAGCCAGGCUAUAGACAAGGAUAUUGAGGUUGUUGCUUCACUUUUAUAUGCGGACAAUGGUCUACCUGUGGAGAAGACAUCCGAGGAUGAAGCUCCUCUUUUGAUAAGCUAUGAUGGCAUUGAAUUUGCUUCUGUUAAUAGACCAAGUAAAUUAGUACAUGGGCGUGCAUCCUUUAAGCUCAAAAUUUCUCAGCUCUCGUCCAAGUGCGAUAAUAGGCUAUUCCGCAUUAAAUUUGAAAUGCCAGAAUUUAGGGGGCAUCAGUUCCUUGAUGCAUUUUCUCAUCCAAUUCGUUGCAUCUCUAGGAGUCGUAAUCCUCGAUCAUCCUCUCUCACAUGGAAAAGAUCAACCUCUGGUGGUUGUUCGCUCAAUGAAUUUCAAUCAUUUGGAUUAGAUAAUGAAUCUGUGGAAUUUCCACACAAUUCUGUCCAUGAAAUAAAACCUACUCCAGCUUCAAAGCGUAUUAAAUUGGAGCAGCAAAUUACAUCUGUACUGGAAAAACCGGAGGAGGAAUGCAACUCUCAUGCUUCACAUGGUAAUCAGGCUGAGAAUGCAGUUGGGACAAAGUUGGAUGGAAGACCAGAGAACCUUGAAGAGGCGGAAAAAUUGCCCUCUGAUUCAGAGAGCACUGAGGAAAGAGGUUCAGAUCUCAAGGUUAUGUCAAGUAUUGGAUAUUCAAUUUCAGAUGUGACUAUCUUUAAAUACUGCUUAGGGGGCCUGACUGACAAGGCUCUUCUGCUGAAGGAGGUUGCAACCUCCGCCUCUGAAGAAGAUCUUUUUAGAUUUGCACAUGAGGUGUCUCUGUACUCAGGGUGUUCCCAUCACAGGCGUCAAAUAAUGAUUGGGAAAAGAUUGAUAGAGGAAGGAACUAAAGUUUGGAACUCAAUUGCACAAAGCCACCAAGCUGUUCAUUGGGAGAAUGUCAUUUUUGAGAUUGACGAGCAAUUCAUGAAGAUUGCUUGCUGCAAUAGAUCUCUCAUAGAACAGGACUUUGAGCUUCUGAGGAGAAUUGCUGGAUGCCGGGAGUACGUUGCCCAAGAAAAUUUUGAAAAGAUGUGGUGUUGGUUAUACCCUAUUGCUUUUACACUAUCAAGAAAAUGUAUAAAUACAAUGUGGAGUUCAACGUCACCUAGGUGGAUAGAAGGAUUUAUUACAAAGGAAGAGGCAGAAUUAUCACUUCAAGGUCCCAGGGGACUUCAAGAACCUGGAACAUUUAUACUGCGGUUUCCUACUUCAAGGAGUUGGCCCCACCCAGAUGCAGGUAGCUUAAUCGUGACUUAUGUUGGCAACGAUUACACUGUUCACCACAGGUUGCUAUGCCUUGAUUAUAUCUACAGCGAGGAAAGCCAGACAAAUGUGAGACUGCUGCAAGAUAUGCUGUUAGCAGAGCCUGAGCUAUCACGAUUGGGAAGAUUAAUAAGAAGGCAAUAGCUUCGCUGAGAUUUGACUAUGUAUCUCUGCUUUUGGUUUUAGAUGACAUACAUGUAGUCUAGUCAUCUUCUGCCAUUGCUAAAAACACCCUUCAACCGGUCCUCUCUCCUCGGCGAUCUCCUCCAUCUCUGGAGAUUUUGGCUAGUAUAAAAGGGUGUUGUUUUAGCUGCCAUUGCAGCUUCUCUUUAUUAUGUAAAUAUAUGUGUAAUCUUGUCAUCAAUUCCCUCGUUCUUGGAGUUUGGGUGCAAAGACAGUUCUCUAUUUCUAGAUUGAAGUUUAUAUGAAACAAUGGGAGGUAGGGGUAAGUAAUAUUCUGAAACCCUGAAAAACCAUAACCAAACUGAAAACAGGAUUAAAUUCAUAUUUUA